CAUUUGAUUUCGGGUAUACCGGCGGACCAACACAGAGAGCGCUCUCUCUUAGCUUCACUUUUUUACCUCUGCAACUCUCUCUCUCUCUCUCUCUCUCUCUCUUCGUCAAUCGCUGAGCAAUGGAAAGCGACAUUGAAGAAUCGCUAAAGAAGAGGCUCAGAAAGAGCAAUUUCCCCCUCGACUCUUCGCGUAAACAACUUGAACAGCUCUCUGGACGUGCAUAUGCUGUAAUGGGCGAAGUGAAUUUUAUGCAAGAGGAAGAUAUUCGGUUAGAGACCACACGAGCUAGAUUUUCAAAUGUUCUUAAAAGGCAUAGCGAGUUAACAGAGCGUCUUUCCAGGGACUCCGACAAGAUGGUUUUUGAACGCCUGCAAAAGGAAUUUGAUGCUGCGAGAGCUUCUCAAACUCAAGAGAUUUUUUUAGAUGGUGAACAAUGGAAUGAUGGGCUAUUAGCUACCAUAAGAGAGCGGGUGCACAUGGAGGCAGACAGAAAGGCAAUGCCUGGAGAUGCAAACAUUCUGGCAGCCCCUCAUUUUCAGGAAAAAAUCACAUAUAAAGUUGGAAGUAAGGUGAUUUGUUGUUUGGAAGGGGCAAGGAUUGGCAUUCAGUAUGAGACAUCUUUUGCAGGAGAACCUUGUGAGCUGUACCAUUGUGUGCUUGAAAGCAAGUCAUUUCUUGAAAAGAUGACUGUCCGUGAACACACAAUUCCAUUUUUUCUGCCCGUACGAGAAGCAGAAAAUGAUCUUCUUUCCUCAAAUGCUAUGAAAUUUAUAGAUCACGUUGGAGAACUUUUGCAGGCUUAUGUGGAUAGGCGGGAGCAGGUUCGGCUUAUCAAGGAGUUGUACGGAAAUCAGAUUGGAGAAUUGUAUCAUAGUCUUCCCUACCACAUGAUCGAAUUUGUGCUAGAUGAUUUUGAGUGCAAAGUAACGGUUACACUCAGAUACGCAGAUCUGAUCUCUGUUCUUCCAACUCGAAUCAGAGUGCUAGCAUGGCCUGUGCAUCAAUCCAAGAAAUUUACUAUGAACAGGAAGGAAAAUGGAAAUGCAUCAGGUCAACCCAUUCCAGCUCGCCUGACCUAUGCGGAGGAUGCGUUGCGAACCAUGAGCUUGCCUGAAGCAUAUGCAGAGAUUGUUUUGAAUUUGCCGCGAGCUCUUCAGCAAAUUUUUCAGCAGAGGGUCCCCACUUAGCAUUUCAUCUCAUAUAACAAACAUCUGUAUCUGUACAAAGGUAUUGCAGAGUUGGUGCUGCCGUGGCUCUAGCUUUGAUUGUUACAAAGCUAAAGUCCGAAGUAGAUUUUCUUUUGAUCAUUUUGUAUAUUAGUAUUGCAUACGUAGUUUCCGUAGUUUCUUUUGUCAGUUUCUAGUUGUCAUGAAAGAUUUGUAUUUUACUGUUGGAGCUUCUCAGAUCAUGUUAUCACUUCAAUCAAUUAGAGAGAUCUGGUGGAGCUCAAAUAUUACUUGAUAGCGUUCUACAUUUUUAUUUCUAUUUUAUUUAUUUAUUAAUGAAUAACAUUACAGUGCUUGAAAUCAA